AUGUCUGUAUCUAUUCAAAAUAGAACCAUAGAGUUUCAACAAUGUGUCACCACUUAUGAAAAGAUAAAUAGAAAACAACAACAUCAAAGCAAUGCCAGGAUAAAGUCACAAGCUCAAGACCAACCACACAAAAAGUCACAUUUCAGCCAGCAAGCAAGUAUCAUCGCCAAAGAUAUUUCACAUGUAACUGAACUCUUGAGUAAAUUGGCAAUAUUAGCCAAAAGAAAACCACUAUUUGAUGAUAAACCAAUAGAGAUCGGAGAGUUGACAUAUGUGAUUAAACAAGACAUUUUCAAGAUUGAGACCAGUAUUCAAAAUUUGCAAAAAUACAUGAAGGGUGAAUCAUCGAUAACAGUUGACUCUCAAACAAGCCAAUUUAGUAAAAAUGUUUUAACUUUGUUGAAUUCCAAAAUGAAGAAUGUUUCUGGUGAAUUCAAAAAUGUAUUGGAAAUAAGACAAAAGAAUGAAAUAAUGAACAAGAAUAGACAAGAAAAUUUCCUAUCGUCAGUAUCAAACAGUCGAAGAUUAAACAGUGCAUCACCUUUGAAUGUGGAUAGGGAUGAAUCCAAGACCAAUUCCUUGAGUAAUUUAAACGAGAACCCCUUUUUAUUAAGUGGUACAGCUCAAUCUCAGUCUCAGUCUUCAAACAACAAACUAUCAGAUGCCGAUCCAGACAUCAUGUCACCCUACGACAACGGACAGUUUCUAUCACUACCCGACCAACAACAGCAACAAAUGCUUUUAAUGGAGGAGCAAAAUUCAGGUCAACAGUAUUUGCAACUGAGAAAUAGGGCAGUUGAGAGUAUUGAAAGUACAAUUAAUGAAGUGGGUAACUUGUUUCAACAAUUGGCAACCAUGGUCAGUGAACAAGGAGAACAGAUUCAACGGAUUGAUGCUAAUGUUGAAGACAUUAAUUUGAAUAUAACCGGUGCGCAACGGGAAUUGUUAAAGUACUAUGCUCAUAUCACCAGUAACAGAUGGUUAUUCUUGAAAAUUUUCGGGGUAUUGAUUUAUAACAAGAGAAACAGCAUGUGGGGAUACUUUUUUGGAGGAAACUCCCAACAAAAGAAGGAAUUGCCAAAGAAGGCGAUUGUUGAAUUGCGUGAACACAUUUCAACAUUAAAUAAGAAAAAGAAUCACUUACAGCAACAAAUGGACGAUCAAGAUCAGCUUGCAAGAAAGUAUGUGUCGUCGAAACAAUCCACCCUAGCUAAGAAUGCAUUAAAGCGUAAAAAGGGGUAUGAAACGAAUUUGAUCAAAGUUGAAAACCAAAUAGAAACUUUAGAAACGCAAUUAGUAUCUAUUGAAGGAGCAAAUUUGAACUUAGAAACUAUGAAGGCAAUGAAACAAGGUGCUAAGGCAAUGAAACAAAUACAUGGCGAAUAUGAUGUCGACAAAGUGGAGGAUACAAUGGAUGAAAUAAGAGAACAAGUGGAGUUGGCUGAUGAGAUUUCCGAAGCUAUAUCCAGACCAGUAGGAAACGAGUAUGUUGAUGAAGAUGAACUAGAUCAAGAGUUGGCUGAGUUGGAGAAUGAGAACAAGGAAGCCGAGAAAGAGAAAGAAAAAGCCAAGCCACAGAAACAACCAGUACAGAAAGAAGAACAACUACCAUCUUUCCCAGCUGUUAACAAGGCCGAGCCAGUUUCGCAAGAUGAUGAAGAUGAAGCUGCCUUGAAAGCAUUACAGGAAGAAAUGGGAUUAUGA